AUGUCCAAGACUAAAGUAGCCCCUAUUAAGACGGAGAGUUUGCCUCGAUUGGAGUUGUGUGGCUCGGUGUUGCUAGUUAGAUUGUUGAAGCACCUUUUAGAUGGACUUUUAUUGAAGCCUGUAUCAGUGCACUGCUGGACAGACUCCAAGGUAGUUUUAGAUUGGUUGAAUGGUCACCCAUCGAGAUGGCAGACUUUCGUGGCAAACAGAGUGAGUGAGGUGAUCACUACUCUGCCUGGGGUGCAAUGGCGUCAUGUUAAGUCCGAAGACAAUCCAGCCGAUUGUGCAACUCGAGGGUUUUCGUCGGAGCAGCUUCAGCAGUCUUCCUUGUGGUGGGAGAGACCUGAAUGGAUCAGGAAUGAUUGGAGGAAGGUAAUUGAUAGAUUGCCCAUGGAUGUUUCGCUAGAUGUAGUAAAUGCACAGGUUGCUGUUGAGAAGAAGGUUGACGAGAAUCAAGAAUCACAAGCGCUGUCUUAUUUGGAGAAGUUUUCGAGUUUUCCAAAGACGUUGCGGAUUUUGGCUUGUGCUUACAGAUGGCGUUCGAAUGCGGUCAAGCCCAGAGGAAGUCGCUGCACUGGUCAUUUUACUGCUGAGGAGAUGGAGGCUGCUCGAGUCGGUCUGAUUCGUUAUGUGCAAAGUCAGCACUACGAGGAGGAAUUGCGGUGUCUCAGAAGUAAACAACGGUUGUCAUCUCGCAGUCACUUGCUGCGACUUGUACCAUUUAUUUGUCCACAGGGCUUGCUCCGAGUUGGAGGCCGAUUGCAGCCUUCGUUCUUGCAGUUCGAUGAGAAGCACUCGAUUAUACUGCCAGCAUCUAGUAUUAUAGUCAAGAGGUUGAUUGAGGAGGUACAUCGUCAGACUCUUCAUGGAGGCGUUCAGCUGAUGCUCAGUUCCCUCAACAGGACGUAUUGGAUUUCACGUGGGUUAAGAGUUGUACAGGGAGUUUAUCGGCGUUGCCAUAGAUGUAUUCGCUGCGCUGCUCAGAGUGUACAGCAGCAAAUUGCACCGCUUCCAUCAUAUCGAGUUACUCCCCAGCGAGUUUUCGCAUACACCGGUCUGGACUAUGUGGGACCGUUUCCAAUAUUGUUCUCCAAGGGCAGAGGUGCCAAGUCUACAAAGGGAUAUAUAGCGAUUUUUGUGUGUAUGGUUGUUCGAGCUGUUCAUAUUGAAGUUGUGUCAGAUUUGUCCACUGCUGCGUUUCUAGCAGCGUUUCGCAGAUUCACCGCUCGGCGUGGACUUUGUAGGAUGGUAUUCAGCGACAACGGCACCAACUUCAAGGGCACAGCCACAGAAAUUGACAAGUUAUUCCAACGGGCUUCAUCAGUAUCGCAGGAGGUGGCAGCUGCAUUGGCGAAGGACGGUAUAGUAUGGUCUUUUAUACCUCCUAGAGCUCCUCAUUUCUGA